AUGUCAAGUCCCUACAAUGUCUCAUCUCAGCCUAUCAUUGUUCUGGAUUCGACUAACUCCCGUCUUAAGCACGCCAAACGAGCCGCACAAGUGAAUAACAACGUCCCUGCGUACUUACCACUCAAGGGCGCUAGCGACGUGAGCAUAAAGAGCUUCACAAAGGUUUACUACAAGACGACAAAUUACGUUACUGUCACCAGUCAGAGGACUGUCAGCAUAACUGACCUCAAGACAAUAACCGCGACAGAUUACAGCACCGUAACCAUCACAGACCUCAAGAGUCUUACAGUCUCUCAACCCAUCAUUGUCACCGUCACCGAAGUUGAGAUCGUCACUAUUACCAACGUCAAUACCGUUGAUGUUACAGACUACAACACUGUCUAUACUACCGAUGUGGAUACGGCCUUAGAAACAGAUGUCGAGACUGUAAUUGCUACUGAUGUGGAAUAUCUUACUGAGACCGACGUCGAAACAGUUGCCGUUACUAUCACCAACGCCGCCACGAUAACGCCCUCUCCAGUAACUGUCGUGGUGGUAUCAGGAACUACAUGGGGGUGA